GCUCCAGCCUGCUCUUGAACGUCUAUGCUGCAAUUUUUAGCCCCUCAGUCAAUGCCCCUCAGGUUCGAGUCAGCUGACCCAGGGGCUUGUGGGGUACGUCUGAGUGACCAGCUCACAAUUAGUGAGGCAAAUGAGGUAAGCUGCUGCAUGAUUGAUUGCAUGCAACAUAGUGAGAUUUAUCUGAACCACCCAACUGGCAAAUGUGAAACAGAGAAACCAAAUGUGUGGAGCACAAGGAAAAUAACAGGAUCUGAUACACUAGCCUCGAUGACAUCUGGAACUAUGCAUGCAUGAGUCACUGGCUCCAGGAGCCCCCUGGAAAUGCUAAGUGGGAGGGAGAAGGAGGUUGAGGUAUGGUCUGAGAAGACACAGUGGGGCCACAUGUUCAGCUGGUGCAAAUUGGUAUAGCUCCAUUGACUUCAGUGUAGGAGUGACAUCUGAUUGACAGCAGCUGGUGAUCUAGCCUUCUGGUGUUCAGCCAAAACUCUCCUAGCCAUCAGUGGGCAUUUGUUUUGCCUGAAUAACAAGUGAAGGUAAGACUUGGACAUGGCUCUUAGAGGUGUGGGACAAACCCAGCUACACUCUCAGGUUACUACCCAAUCCAAAGUGGUGGUGAUGAUUCUGUCUUGCACGUUUGCAGGAAGAUGAUUAAAAUCUAAUUUGGCAACAGACCCUCAUAGCUUUGUAAUGUCACAAUUUUGCCCCCCACAGGACAACUUACUCAAGCAAACUCCUUUUCCCCCAUCCCUUGACCUCCCCCCACCCCCUCCCCAAGUGGAAGACUGUCCUAGGCCCAGGGAAGAAAUGGAAGUGUUGGCUCUGAUGUGCAUCUACCCAACAUUUAAAUGGGGGAUGUGGGAUAGCAAAAGGGAAUCCAGUUCUGGGAUUAAUAUACCGAGCCAUUGUAGCACCCUUCAGUGGGAGCUGGGUCCUAGGCUGGAUGCUGGAAUCUUCAUAAACAGUUCUUGGAUUAAUGGUGGUGAGUGGCCUCACAUGCUAGCAGAAAAUCAGUGUGUGUAAGCCACAGACCCCGAUACUUACAGGAUUAGGCAGGAACGAGAAUGGAAUGCCAUUGGGCAGAUAUCUAGUUCAACCUAUUGGCCCGGAGUGCCUCUGGAGUUGGCAGGGUUUAAAGAUGUGCUGGUGUAGACGGCAGCAUGUGGAAUCAUUGGGAUGAAAUGGAUCCGUUCUGACAGAUUUGAAAUAACAGCUGAGUGGUUCAGGCGCUGCUUGCCAAUUCAUCUGCUGUCUUUGUCUCUCUAAGCCUUUGGAGUGGUGCUGGCAAUAGCUGGAGGGGUGUUUAUAAUUAUAAUAGAGUGACUUCUGGGGGCACAGACAUCUACACCCCUGUGUUCCAUGCUUUGUGCCCCGCUCUGAUUGUGGUAAGUAUUUACCUAGCCCAGUGUAUUGCGUCAGUGUAAGGGUGUCCCUAAGAAGGAUGGUCUUGUGGUUAAAUCACAGGUGAUCUUAGUUCUGUGCCUGACUCUGACAUGGACUUCCUGUAGGACUGUGGACACCUCACUUAAUCCCUCUGUGCUUCACGUUCCUCAUUGUAAAAUGGGGAUAAAAAUCUCUCCUUCGGGUAUGUCUGUUAAUAUUCUUAACAGCAGUUUGAGAUGGAGGGUGCUAUAGAAAAAAGGCCUAGGUCCUAUCUAGAGAUCCCUAGAUCUCAAAGCACUCUACACAGGUCAAUAUUUCUUUCCCCAUUUUAUAGUUGGAGAAACUGAGGCACAGAGAGAUGUGACUGGCCCAAGGUCACCCAGCAGACUGCUGGCAGAGCCAGGUAUAGAAUGCAGGUCUACUGAGUCCCAGUCCAAUGCUCUAUCCACUAGGCCACACUGCCCAGUUCAGUGUUAUCACUGCUGCACAGACAUUCCUGUUACUUGCUUUCAGAUAGUGUCCUCUAAGCAGAGGCCAUUUUCUCCAGCUCUCUUCCCACCUUUCAGUUGAGCAUGUGUUUAUGGUCUCCCCCCUGCAUGUUGCAACAGUUAGAAAAUGUCCUCUCACAAGGCUUGGUUCCUUUUUACAGAGGGGCGUAGGACCUAAGAACCUUGGAUUCUAGUCAGUGAUGAUCUUUUUUUGGAAUAUUCAAAGCAGAGAGAGCAGCCAAACUGUAUAAUCCCCCUAAGCUUCUCAGUUGGACUGUUUUGGUGUUCUGUCUCAGCAGACCAUUGAGCUCUGAUGAUGCAAUAACAAAAAAAAAUAAAGGGUACAUUGAAGCCUCCUUUUAUUCCCUAAUCCUGUUUGCUUUUCUAGAAACAAUCCCUAGCUCUGACUCAAUUCUUGGAUCCCAUUCUCAUGACAGAGCGAAUGUCUGGUACAAAAGGAGCCUUAUAAAAAGGGCCUCCCAGAUUCUGGCCCUUUGCAGUUGCUUCUAGAAUUCCUGCAGCAACUGCGGUGUAGUGCCUAGAAAGGAAAAUGUCCAAAACAGGAACCAGGAUCACUUUCUACGAAGAAAAGCAUUUCCAGGGCCAUCGCUAUGAGUGUGAUAGUGACUGUCCUGAUUUUCACACCUACCUAAGCCGCUGCAACUCCAUCCGAGUGGAGGGGGGUGCCUGGGUUGUCUACGAGCGGCCUAACUUUGCAGGGAACAUGUACGUUCUGACCCACGGCGAGUACCCCGAGUACCAGCGCUGGAUGGGCCUUAAUGACCGCCUCAGCUCAUGCAAAGCCAUUCACUUAUCCAGUGGAGGCCAGCACUGUAUUCAGAUCUUUGAGAAGGGGGACUUUGGUGGCCAGAUGUACGAAUCCACAGAGGACUGCCCUUCAGUCAUGGAUGAGUUCCACAUCCGGGAAAUCCACGCCUGCAAAGUGCUGGAGGGGGCUUGGAUAUUCUAUGAGCACCCCAACUUCCGGGGCAGGCAAUACCUGUUGGAGAAGGGGGAGUACCGCAAGCCCGUUGAUUGGGAGGCUGUGUCCCCCACUGUUCAGUCCUUCCGCUGCAUUGUAGAGUGAGAGCUGGGGCAGCUCCCCGGCAGGGGCCAACAUCCCUGCUUUGCCAGGGAAACUGAGUGGAGUCUGUGAAUAAAGCUAGUGGCUGAUACAAUGCUCCCUGUCCUGCU